AUUGUAGUUUCCCAAGCGAACGACCUUUGACUAUGUGGAUACAAAGAUAAAAAUGUGUUUUAUUUUUGUCUGACUUCUAUGUUAUCUACCUUUGAAAAUGUCACUGGUCCUGUCUGUCCUCCCAGUUCACAUUUAGGCAGAGAGAUGAUGACUCAAUAAGCAAUUUUCACAAGAAUGGAAAAAUGAUGCAUAAAUGAAGUUAUACAGGGUCGAUUAAUUAUGGCAAAGCGGAUAUAAAUAAUAUGUAAAUCAUUGUGAUAUCAGUCACAUAGGCUAAAUGUAUCCCUAUAGUGGUGUCAGCAAAUGUUAAAUCUUAUGAGAAUUUCAUGGAACAUGCAUAGUUUGGCUGGAAAGGUUAACUUCAUGUGUUCAGGCAAAGACACUUUUUUCUAUAUUGAUUUAACUUAACAAAUAUGAUAUUUCUUUGAUUUGCUUGACUUGUUUAUUUAACUCGUAAAAGAUCUUUGCAUCUUACACAACAAUCUGAGUUGGGAUGUCAAAAGAGACAUCAUAGUGUCUAUUUAGCAAUUUUAAGGGCUACAACAUAUUGGGGGGAAAAGUAUACUACAGCCUUUAUCUUAAAGUGUCAUGCAUUUUGGAAAACGUACGGAGACAGGUUUAGUUUUGGCCAAUUAAAACAUUCUGUAAGUGACCUGGUCAUAUACUUUUUGAAUUUGGGUCAUAACUGUUUACAUUUAAAAUGUAGGUAAAGUUUAAACAAGGGGACAUUAAAGGUGACAGAAAUGCUUCUCAUGAUGACACAAUUUUAUCAUCAGGCCUCUGGCAUAUUCAUUAAUUAUGCCACCUUUGGUCCGCUUUUUGUCUCCAUAAAGGUCUCUGACUGUAUCUCUUUUUCAAAUCUGUUACGGGAAAGUCCUGCAGGCACAGUAUUCAUGUCUCCCAUGCAGGACUCCAAACCCUUUAUAAACCACACCUGGGUCAGCUGGAAAGUCAUAGCUCUUGCAAACAGGGAGACAGAAAUCAAAGUGUUGCUCAAAGCAUAGAAACUCCUGUAAUUCUUAACAUUUCUAUUUUGCUUUAUUUCCUCGUGGUACUAUGUGGAAAGCAGUGGUACUGGCUGUGUGUCUGCUGGUGUCUGGGGCUCAGCCCAUUGACGUCCCAACAUAUGGAGUGAAGCUUUGUGGCCGUGAGUUCAUCCGGGCUGUCAUCUUCACCUGCGGAGGCUCUAGAUGGAGACGCUCACUCAGGAGUUCAGAUGUUUCAGAGGACCCAUUCAGCUCCAGUCAGAUGGAGUCCUCGGAGGGUUUGAUUCACAAUCCUGUGGUGGAGAGUCUCCUCCAGAGGAACAGAGAUCUGAGCUUCACCACUACAGACAGCCGUGAGGGAGUGUUUAGCAGGCCGGCCCGUUCUUUCAUCACUGAAGAAAUCCUGCAAGCCCUACGCAAGGCUGACCGCAAGGGCCGGGACGUGGUGGUGGGCCUGUCCAAUGCCUGCUGCAAGUGGGGCUGCAGCAAGAGCGAGAUCAGCUCCCUGUGCUGAGUCAACCUUCGCCAUAUAAGUGGACACACUGGCAGACAUAUUCAUUCAAGUACACAAACACACACUCCUUUUUGCCACUUCCCAUGCAUUGAUGACAUUUUACAGCGAGUUAAACUAUUGUGAACUGUUUCAUUUGUUCUAUGUUUGAAUUGUAUGGAAAGGGCUGCCAUGUGUUUAAAAUGUUUACAUAUUAUUUUCUGGUUACAAAUUAACAGCCUUAAUUAUUCAGUCUUGAAGCAAGCAGUUUUGUCUUAUCCAAUAAU